GUGGGAGGGAGACUGAGUCGUCAUCUCAUCGGAUAAACCAGCUGGACGGAGGGAAAGGUGUGGGAGCCUUGUCGUGCCCGACGGGAUGGAUGUUCUACCAAGGCAGCUGCUACGGAUUCUUCGAGGACAAAAUGAACUGGGCGGAGGCAGAGAUUGACUGCCAAAGCCAAGGCACCAAUGGCCACCUCGCUUCCAUUGGUAGCCGAGCGGAGGGAGCCGUAUUGGCCAGACACAUCCAGGCCAACCAGCAAGACUGCGUCAACGUCUUCAUCGGACUGCAUAACCCCCAGAGGAAUAGACGCUGGAGAUGGUCCGAUAGAUCUCUGGUGAACUUCAAGUCUUGGUUGCCUGGUAUGCCUGACAAUUUCAAUCAACUUGAAGAAUACUGCACAGAGCUUUGGUGUCAGGCAGGAUAUGUUAGUUGGAAUGAUGUGCAUUGCAAAGAAGCGCGUCCAUACCUCUGCAA